AUGGGCUCCGCCGCCGAAGGAGAUAACAAUGGAGGAGGCCGCCCAAGGUCCUCGGUCCUGAAGAGCUUCAUCCAUCGUCGUAACCAGUCCGAGGGCUCUGCGCUCUUCACCUCGCCGCCCUCCGUCCAAAUCACCACCACUCCCGCACAACACAUCCAGGCCACAUACGCCCAGCUCGAAGGCAGAAUGCCGCCCCCUCCCCUCCGUACCGAAGGCCUGGGGGCCCUGGGGGAGCUCAACAACUUUCAAAAGGAUCCCAUCCUGCGUUCGCCCGGAAAAGAAGACGACCGCCGCGACCGAUCCCGCUCGCCCACAAAAUCCGCCUUCAGCAACAUGUCAUUCAAGUCCCUGGCCAAGGAGGCCCGCAAAUCACGCGAGGUGUCUCCCGAGAAGCCCAAGAAGACGAAGUCGACCACGAACCUGGCAGGUUUCCUGUCGAGGCCCCGAUCCACAAUGUCCCUCAACAAGAACUCGAAGGAGGAGGAGGAGCGUCGCCAGGCUAAGGACAAGGAGAACCGCACGCCCCCGAGCUCGACGUCGAGCGCCGACAUGACGGGUCCCGCGCCGCCUAUCUACGCACAGUUCUGCAGCCAGGAUCUCGGGAACACUGGGCUGCGCGGCAAGGCAUCGUUCGACGCGAGCAGUGGACGAUACGGGAGCGAUGCCUCGAGCGAGAUAAAGAAGCAGAGACCAAAGUCAUACCAUCCGUCCACCGCAAUCUCCGAGCACAAAUCGACAUCGGAUCUACGCAGCAGACCCAAGAUGGACGGCCGCGAGCCUUCUGCCUCUGAAAGAAUCAAGAGCAAAGUGCAACGGCCGAAGCUCUUUACAGCCUUUUCCGCCAUGGGACACAGCACAAAGUCCAAGGGGUCGGAUGCCUCUUCCGAAAAGGCCAUCGACCCAAAGGAGAUCGAUACCCAUCUGGAGGCCAUGCUCGACCGUCGCAACAUCCCCGAGAAUCAACGCUACAAGAUGCGUAGCUUGGCCGACACGAUCAAGAUGGAGUUCAUCCGACAAGAUUGGGCGGAAAUGGCCGCCAAGGAACAGGCAGGCGCCGCCGACAGCAACGAGCCUUCAUCCGCAGUGACCGGAGGCUCUGACCGCGACGAGACCCAGUCGAAGCGAUCCCGCGGAAGAAGCUUCACUCUUUCGCGCAAGAAGGAGCCUGUUUCCCCGACGAAGAAAUCCAAGGGCGACGGGAGCUCGAUCGGCCGCCACUUCAGAAGCAAGUCUUCCGAAAGCGUGGUGAGCGAGCGACCAACAUCGGCCGGCUCGACAGCAAGCAACGGCAUUCUUUCUAAGAUCAAGUUCGGCCAGGGGCCGGGCGACUACGUUUCCUACCUGCGGAAGGUGCAGAAACCGGAACUGGUUGAGGUCGGGAAGCUGCACAAGCUGCGUUUGCUUCUGCGCAACGAGACCGUUUCCUGGACAGAGGACUUUAUCCGCCAGGGCGGCAUGCAGGAGAUUGUCGGGUUGUUGAACCGAAUUCUCGCCAUCGAGUGGAGAGAGGAACACGACGAUGCCCUUCUCCACGAGAACCUGUUAUGCUUAAAGGCCCUCUGCACCACAGCACUGGCCUUGCAAUAUCUCCACUCCAUCCACGAGGACCUGUUCCCCAAACUCCUCCACAUGCUGUUCGACCCCGAAAAGAAGGGCCCCAGCGAGUUUACUACACGCAACAUCAUCACGUCAGUGUUAUUCACAUAUAUCGAAACAGCCGCUCCCGUCGAGCGGAUCGCUCGUGCUCAAAAGGUGCUCUCGUUCCUGCGAAAUCCCCAGCCCAAAGAAGAAGAGAGACCCGUCGGCUUCGUGCUGGAAAUGCGAAAAGAACGCCCCUACACCGUCUGGAACAAAGAGGUGGUCAGCGUCACGAAGGAGGUCUUCUGGAUCUUCCUGCACCACCUUAAUGUAAUUGCGCUACCCUCCGAUAUGUCGACCAGGGGCGGCGUGCCGCUGACCACCAUGACGAACGGCGCCCAAGAUCCGUACCUCUACAUGCACAGGCACUUCCCCUCGGAGCGCCCGCCUGUGCCGGCAGCGCCCUACGUCGGCGGGGUCGAGUGGGACGCGACCAACUAUCUCGCCUCUCACCUGGAUCUCAUGAACGCCAUCAUCGCGUGCACGCCCACGACGACGCAGCGCAACAACCUGCGCAACGACCUGCGAAUCUCGGGCUGGGAGAAGGUGCUCGGCGGCAGCCUUCGGCUCUGCAAGGAAAAGUUCUAUGGUUGCGUUCACGAGGCCCUGCGGUGCUGGGUCGCAGCCGCCACCGAGGACGGCUGGGACGCCCGCGACGUGCGAUACGGCCCGCCUCCCGAGUCGCGGAGCGCUAGCCCCGCGAAGACGACAAACGCGGCCCAGAAGGCCAAGCAGGCCGAGGCGCCGCCCAAGAUUGAGAUCCCCAAGCUGGAUUUCGGCUUCGACAACCACCGCAUCACGCCGGUCCAGGACAGAGAUAUUUGGUUGUCGUGA